UCAACUGAGCGCCACAGAGCAAAACCCGAUCCGCUGCUGUUACGUAAGAGCCGGUGACAUAACUCUCCAGCCCGGGAUGGUCAGGGCGCACAGAGAGCGCACGGAGGGAGGGAGGGAGCCGGAGCGCACGUCCUGUGUUCGGCCGGACGGUCCAGCUGCCCUCGCUCCUCUCUGCCGCCGCUGCUGCUGCUGCUUCAGUUGUCGGGGUGGAAAUUUGAUUAUUUCAAAAAACAAGCGCACAGGAGGAGGACGAGAGUGGAGUAACCGCACGGAGAAGUGGGGAAGAUGACGGUCGAGUUUUGGGAGCCGCUGUAAAGGACUGGAAGAGGAGGAAGAGGAGGAGAUGGCUGUGCAUGUAUUCAAAUGCCUGCGCCGACCUGAGCGCUAGAAACAACCAACAGGUGUGUGUGUGUGUGUGUCUGUGUGCAGGGCCGUGAAGUGUUUCCACAGGGGAGUUAUGGAAUAUGAGGAUCCAGACGUGCCCCCCGCUGACACCCCUAUCAAGAGAGGAGGAGCCCUGUCCAAGAAGACUCAUUUGACCCAGAUUGAAGCGAUCCCGUGCAAGAUCUGCGGCGACAAGUCCUCUGGCGUGCAUUAUGGAGUCAUCACCUGCGAGGGCUGCAAGGGAUUCUUCAGGCGCAGCCAGCUGCCCACUGUGUCCUAUUCCUGCUCCAGGCAGAGUAACUGUCAGAUCGACCGGGCCAGUCGCAACCGCUGCCAACACUGCCGUCUGCAGAAGUGCUUGGCACAGGGCAUGAGCAGAGAUGCCGUGAAGUUUGGAAGGAUGUCCAAACGUCAGAGGGACUCUCUUAUCGCCGAAGUGGAGAAGCACCGGCAGCAGCAGCUGCAUCAGCAGCAGCUUCAGGGAGACGUCCAGUCUGUGUUGUCCUUCCCCACCAAAGCCAGGCAAGACCGCUCCCCCCAGCUCCUCCAGCCCAUGGCUCCAGCCUACUCUGUCACUGGUGAGGCUGAGCUGCUGUCCUACACCAAUAAUGUUCACCCUUACCUUGUGUACUCUGCCAACGAGUCGCAGGUGUCAGGGAUGAUCUACAGAAGCUCCGGUGUCUCUCCCACACCCAGAUCCCAGGGGAGGGGGGGCCAAAACGGACACCCUGACAUAAGAGGGUUUGACUUGAGACAGCAAUCUCAUGAUCUGACGGCGAUCCAUCCCUACAACCCUCUGGAGGAAUCCUACAGCAUUUAUCCUCACUCUCUGAGAAACAUAGAUGAGCUGUGUGCCAGUAUUGUGCGUUCCCACCGAGAGACCAGCCAGUUCAGGGUGGAGGAGCUGCAGGCUCUCAGAUGGAAGCUGUUCAGUAGAGAGGAGAUCCAAGCCUAUCAGAGCAAAUCAGUGGACGAGAUGUGGCAGCAUUGUGCCAUUCGACUGACCGAUGCUGUGCAGUAUGUAGUGGAGUUCGCAAAACACAUCCCAGGUUUCCGUAUGCUCAGCCAGAACGACCAGAUUGCACUUCUCAAGACAGGCUCCAUGGAGGUGGUUCUGGUCAGGAUGUGUCGGUUCUUCAACACAGAGAAUAACACUGUCUUCUUCGAUGGGAAAUUUGCUGGAGUUGAGGUCUUCAAGUCUCUGGCGUGUGGUGAUUUGAUCACAGCAGUGUUCGACUUCGCUCAUGACAUGUGCGCUCUAAAGCUCACUGAGCAGCAGAUCGCUCUCUUCAGUGCUCUGGUGCUGAUCAACGCAGACCGUCCAUGUCUGGAGGACAGAGGCAGGGUCCAGCGGGUGCAGAGAAGCGUGGAGUUAGGACUCACACACAUUCUACACCGAGACAACCUGGAAGGUCUAUUGCACAAGCUGUACCAGAGGAUGGCAGUGCUGCGUUCGCUGUGCAGUCUUCACAUGGAGAAGCUGCGCUGGUUCAGUCAGCGUUACCCUCUCACUGCUCACUCUCUGUUCCCUCCGCUCUACAAGGAGCUGUUUGCCUCAGAAGCCGAGCUGCUGCCAGGGACCACACACUGAUGAUCCAGUAGCAUAAACCAAACAGACACACACACACACACAGACACACACACAUGCAUAGACACAUUAUUUUAUCACUUUCUGACAGAGUCUAUUUUUCUAAUAAUGGAAAUAAAUGAGAUGCCCACAGUAAUCAUAGUGUGUUAAGUAUUACAUGACCUCCAGAGCUUUGUUUUGGUAGCUUAUGUCAAACAUACAUUUCAAUAUUUUGAUAGCUUAAAACUACCAGUUUUACUACCAGGGGAAUUUUGUGUUUUGUUGCAACAUUGUCUUUGGGAUACAGGAUUAAUUUUCCCUCAGGAUGUGCUGUUGUGAUUCUGUUCAGUCAAUGUGUGUUGACUGUCAAUGCUUUCAGACUGAUAGAUUCAAAGAGGCAGGACAAUGGCAACAUGGUCCACUGAGACUUAAAGUUGUAGUCCACUCAACAUCUGUCCAACAGCUUUGGAUCAGCAGUAGAUUUGAAUCUGAAUGCAAAUUACAAAAAGGAAAUAGCACAAAAUAUCAAUAAAAUACCAAGACCGAUUUUUUACAGAUGCAAGUAUGAUGCAACUCAAAAGAGCACAUACCUCCGCCAAGGCCCAUCCGUCCCCUUAAAUUCAAUCAAGCUGCACCAAAUUUCACACACGGUUUCCUAAAUGUGCCUCCCUUUUUUCCCCAAGAUCCGUGAACUAUUCCCUGGUUAAACAGUGAAAAUAUUGCUGUCGGUGGAUUGCUGUGCACGUCCACCGUGUCACGAAAAUAAUCAACUUUACACAAUCCGCUCUGUGCACAGAAUACAUCCACAUGUUCAUACUCUGUAUGUCUCAAAAGAUAGAUUUUGACCUCAGUAUUGUUUUUAUACAAAUGUGGGAGCCAUGUGGCAGAAACACAGAGCAGUGACAGUAUGGGUGAAGCUAAAAAAACUUGUAUCUUUUGUGAAAUCAUACUCUACUUUCAGGAACCUUGAGCACAUAGCGAUCACAGAUUGGCAUUAGUUCAGCAUCAUUGUGCUAUUUCAAUCAUGUUAGAUAUUUGAAGGUAAAUGUACAUGGCAAAACAAGUAUUCCCUACAAAAUGUGAAACAUUGGAAGACAUCAGAUUCUGCACACUCACUCAGAGAAAAACAUCUGUAUCUGUUAUAUCUGCCUCUUUGUAUCCAGAUGUCACUAGAGAAAUGUUUCUCCUCAGGUUGAUAUUGUCAAGUCCUACGAAGCAGCAGUACCUCAAACUUUUUUUUAUCCUUUGUGUUUGAAUAACUUCUCACUGGCUUUUGUAUCUUUAAAGCUUUGGAAACAAUGUUGCAUUUAAUGUAGAAAACAUGAUGGAGAUAGAGUAGACGUUGCUUCCUCUGUGUGCAAACUUUUCCCUUCUUUCUGAUUGAACUUGCAUAUGUUUUGUUUUCUCUACACGCAGUAACUUUAAAUAAAGCAAUGAGUAAAGAGGAAAUGACGAGAGGCUCCAGCAUUAAAUACCGUCUGUCCGGGUGUAGUCCUUUCUGUUCCUGGAACAGCUGAGAUCAUAAUGAAAUUAAGUCCAUGUAAAUCCUCUAAUAAACUGCUGAGGCUGUGACACCAAG